AUGGCAGCUCUCAGGCCUCUGAAAAGGCCUAAGAUCGUCAAGAAGAGGGUGAAGAAGUUCAUCAGACAGUCAGACCGCUAUGUGAAAGUCAAGCAAAACUGGCGUAAACCCCAUGGUAUCGACAACAGGGUGCGCCGGCGCUUCAAGGGCCAGAUGCUGAUGCCCAACAUCGGCUACGGCAGCAACAAGAAGACCAAACACAUGCUGCCCUCCGGCUUCAGGAAGUUCCUGGUGCACAACGUCAAGGAGCUGGAGGUCCUCAUGAUGAGCAACAAGAUCCCAACCACAGGUGUCUAUUUAGUGAGAGGUUCUGAACAGAGACCCUCAUGGGCCUGGAAGCGACCACUGGCCCGCCUCAUCAAGAACUGA